GUGCUCCCUGUCUUUCGCACAAGCAAAAACAAUUCAACAUGAAACUGUUCAUCGUUCUCUUCGCCUUCGUGGCCGCCGUCAGCGCCUUCCCCGGUUACGACCACCACGUCGAGCACGUGCAGGUUCUCCACGUUGCUCAGCCCGCGGCUGUUCCCCCACUACACCCCCACCCCCUUAAGCUGGAGGCGCACAACCACGUCGUGAGGAUCCCCCUUCACGCCAACAAGGUCUCCCAUCCUCAUCUCAUCGGAGUUGAGCAUUACCAUGAGCCCGAGAUCCAUGUCAAGCCCGUCCAUGGACACGGACACGGCUGGUAAUUCAUUAAAACCCCCUUGAACCGCGAGCUGACGAUAUUAGGACGAACAACGAAUCAAUAAGCGACCCCCACAACAUGCGAACGAGGUCCGGGGUGGUUCAACAUCCGGAACCCACCAAAAACAGCCCGACUAAAUCCCCUCAUUUCGAGUUAUUUAAAAACCACUAGAAAAAUCAUUCUUCACCCCCAACCCCCACGACCACCGAGUGAUCAUCGAGCCCCCGACAACGAGCAAUCAUCUGAGCCCGGAAAGCCCCUUAAACGAGGAUGAUCACCGACCACCCAGUCUCGCCGACAUUUGUCAAUCGUCAUUAAGGGUCUUAGCCCACCAAUUUAUUUCGAAUAAAAUCAAUCGAUUCAUCAUA